AUGAGUGACGUGCCCAGUAUCAUAAGCACACUAGUGACAAGUCAGCCAUUAUGGACUGAAGAAGACGAAACAGUUAUACAAUCACCAUAUCGACAUUUGGCCGCCACACGCGGUAAGAAUUUUAGAUCAAAAUUGAUUGAAGUUUUCAAUGUAAUUUACAAACUACCACAGGAGCAAAUAGAUCUUGUUUCCAACCUAGUGGGUGUACUGCAUAAUUCAAGUUUACUUAUCGAUGAUAUUGAAGAUAGCUCUGAAGUGAGACGUGGAAAAACAACCGCCCAUCUAAUAUAUGGCAUACCAAUGACAAUAAAUACCGCUAACUACAUGUAUUUCAAAGCAAUGGAAAUGAUACAACUAAUAUCCAAUGGUGACAAAUUCGUUUUACAAGAUUUAAUGGUGAUUUUUAAUGAAGAAAUGAUUAAUUUGCAUCGAGGACAAGGACUUGACAUUUAUUGGAGAGAUAGCUUGCCCAAGAUCAUUCCAGAUGAUACACUAUAUUUUAAUAUGGUUAUGAAUAAAACGGGCGGCUUGUUUCGACUGACGGUGAAAAUUAUGGAAAGACUUACCAAAGUGAAGUCUGAAAUAUCUCUUAUCCCCCUCAGUAAUCUAUUGGGAAUAAUAUAUCAGGUGCGGGAUGAUUAUCAAAAUCUGUUAGAUGAAAAAAUGAUUGAAAGUAAAGGUUUGGCAGAAGAUAUAUCGGAAGGUAAACUUUCAUUCCCCAUAAUUCAUGGCCUGAGGCACGGAAAACAAAAUAAUGAUCUUUUUUUACAAAAUGCUUUAAAACUGAGAACUAAUGAUCUAGAGAUCAAGAGAGAUGUUAUAAAUUAUUUACAGAAUGAAAGCAAAUCAAUGGAUUACACUAAAAAAGUCCUAUGUGAAUUAACGACUCUAGCAAAAAAUGAGAAGUAUAUUCCUUAUAAGAGUUAUCCAAAAGAAGCCACUCAAUUUGCAUAUAUUGUCGAUCAUCUUUCAGUGAUGUAA